GUGAUCGGCGAGGACAAUGUUGCGGUGCCCUCCCACCUCUACAAGGUGAUCCUGGCACGCAGAAGCCCGAGGUCUGCUGAGCCCCUGGCACUAGGGGCCUUCGUGGUGCCCAACAAGGCCAUUGGCUUCCAGCCCCAAUUAAGUGAGUUCCAGGUGAGCCUGCAGGAGCUGGAGAAGUUGUCAGGACUGGUGUUUUUCCCUCAUCUGGAUAGGACUAGUGACAUCAAGAACAUCUGCUCGGUGGACACCUGUAAGCUCCUGGAUUUCAGGGAGUUCACUCUGUACCUGAGCACAAGAAAGAUUGAGGGAGCCCGAUCGGUACUCAGACUGGAAAAGGUCAUGGAAAAUUUGCGGAAUGCAGGCAUUGAACCUGAUGAGGACUUCAUGACUCGCUACGAGAAGAAGCUGGAAGAACUCAAAGCUCAGGAGCAGUCAGAAGUCCUGGAGAGAAAACCCUCGUAGUUCACCUCUCAGAAGCGUGAUGUCAUCUGUAAUGAAGCAGGUGUGGCCUCUUCAGAUACUGUAUUUUAGUGGCUUUGUUUUAAAAUGAUGGAAUCCUAAAUUUCAGACUAAAUUUCUCCCCAAAAGAUGUCAAAUGUUUUGGUUGGUAUUUUAUUUGACGUGGGAAACUAAGGAAACUGUUAACGCCUGCAG